UGGCACCAUGGGAUGGGUUGAUCUUGAGCAUGGCAUUGCCCUCUGCGAUGUCUUGGGAGGGCAGGAGGACAGCUCCACUAUGAAACAGAUUCGAUACAUCCCACUGCCGGAUAAAGGUCCGGUCAAGACACACAGCAUUCUCCGUGGUACUACACAGCGUUAUCGCACCGUUGCUGUAGUCCAUGAUCACAUCGAGUAUGUCGAGGUACAAAUCCAUGUCCGGCCAGGUGCUCGCCCAAGCCGGCUUCACGGCACCUACUUUUCAGAUGGCUGGACGGUCCUCAGGUGGAGCAGGACGGUCACCUCCACCUCUCGCUGGACCAUGGACUGCAAGCUCACCGCUUCUGAUAUAACCGUCCCUGCGGACAUGGCAGCAUUGCUGCCCAUGUUGCCAACAGAGGAAGAUAGUGCUGCGACAACCUUGGAGAGGCUCCACGUUGGUCACCCCACAAUCAGCUUGGGUGAUGACAGUGAUGUCGUCUACUUCAUGGCCAAGAUUGAUGAGAUGGAGGAGGCGGCAUGGGUCAUUGCUGUGAACACAAAGAAGAAGUUGCAAGGAGUUACUGAGUUCAGACCACGUAGCAGGCACAGCUUGGAGUUCACCUACAUCCCAACCACCAUCUCCAAGCAUCUGACUCCACCAGGAGCAAAGGGUAACGUGAAAAGACCUGGGAUGGUGUUGCCUGGUUCCGCUAACAAGAAGCUGCUGCCUGCUGUCCCGUUGAUGUAUGAGAGCUUUUGUGGACAAAAUCUGCAGAACGCCCAAGUAGAACAAGGGGACGACACCACGGAUCCUAUGGACAUAGAAUAGGAUGUGUCCAUCUCAAAAAAAAAAAAAGAGGGAAAAAAGAAUGGGAUGUGUGGUUUGAUGUUGUUUUCUCAAGUCCCAGUAUUUUAUUUUAUGGCACCUUUGUUAUUGCUACUCACCGCUGGUCAUGUGUCAGAAUUAAAUCUAUCAAUUUUAUGCCUGAUUCUGUUGGCAUCAUGCACUUCUCACAUGUUUCUGAUUAUUCAUUUUUUUUAGAAAAGGAGGAUAACACCGGCGUCUGUAUUAGAGUGAUGCAUGCAAACAUCUCAACAGAGUGAUGCAUGCAAACAUCUCAAUAAUCCAGUAUAUGCUCUGUCAGAGCUCAAAUGAAAUCAUAAAAGGUUAAAAUGCCACAUCCAGCAAAAGUAAAA